CUCUCUCUCUCUCUCUCUCUCUCUCUCUCUCUCUCUCUCUCUCUCACACAGGAAUCGAGAUGUUGUCUGCAAAAGCCACGUGCAACUCCCAUGGCCAAGAUUCAUCCUACUUCCUGGGGUGGGAGGAGUACGAGAAAAAUCCAUACCACCAACUUAAAAAUCCCAACGGUAUCAUUCAAAUGGGCCUCGCCGAGAAUCAACUCUCAUUCGACCUUCUGGAAUCAUGGCUCAAGAACAAUCCUGAUUCAGCCGGAUUCAAAAACGAUAAUCAUUCACUCUUCAAGGAACUUGCCCUCUUCCAAGAUUAUCAUGGCCUUCCUGCUUUCAAAAACUCAUUAGCCGAUUUCAUGUCAGAGAUUAGAUCAAAUAAAGUAACAUUUGAUCCAAACAACCUCGUACUCACCGCCGGAGCAACCUCCGCCAAUGAAACUUUAAUGUUUUGUCUAGCUAAUCCCGGCGAUGCUUUCCUCCUUCCCACCCCAUAUUAUCCAGGGUUUGAUAGAGAUCUCAAGUGGAGAACUGGAGCUGAGAUAGUACCUAUCCAUUGCUCGAGCUCAAAUGGUUUCAGAAUCACCGAAUCGGCCCUCGCAGAGGCAUACGAAGAAGCGCAAAAGCAAAACCUGAAAGUGAAAGGUGUUUUAGUUACAAACCCAUCAAACCCAUUAGGGACAUCACUGAGCUUGCAUGAACUCAACCUUCUCGUUGACUUUGUCUCCUCCAAGAACAUCCAUCUCAUUAGUGACGAAAUCUACUCCGGCACUGUUUUCUGCUCUCCUGGCUUCGUUAGCAUCAUGGAGGUCUUAAAGAACAGGGACCUUAUGAACACCGAAGUGUGGAAACGCGUUCAUAUUGUUUAUAGCCUUUCAAAAGAUCUCGGUCUACCAGGGUUUCGAGUUGGAGCUAUUUACUCCAACGAUAAUAUGGUGGUCUCAGCUGCAACGAAAAUGUCGAGCUUUGGGUUAAUUUCUUCUCAAACUCAAUACUUACUAUCAGAAAUGCUGUCUGAUAAGAAAUUUACAAGAAAUUAUCUAUCUGAGAAUCGAAGAAGGUUGAAACAAAGGCAUGAAAUGAUGGAAAAGGCCCUACAAAAAACCGGUAUUAGAUGCCUCAAAGGAAAUGCUGGUUUAUUUAGUUGGGUUGAUAUGAGACACCUAUUGAGUUCACAAACGUUUGAAGGCGAAAUGGAAUUAUGGAAGAAGAUUGUGUAUGAAGUGGGGUUGAAUAUAUCACCAGGUUCAUCAUGCCAUUGUAGUGAACCUGGUUGGUUUAGGGUUUGCUUUGCCAACAUGUCAAAAGAAACUCUACUUAUAGCCAUGCAACGUCUAAGUUCUUUUGUGGACUCCAUGGCCAAGAAAAAUAACCAGAGUGGACGUCGCCGGCAGCCACUGAACGGAAAUUUAAGAAGAUCAAAGUCGUCACUGCCCAAGUGGGUUUUUUCACUGUCGUUCACCACCUCAAAAUCAGGGAAGGAACGGUUUUAGAUGUGAUAAUAAAUUGACAACAAAUAGCUAAAACUUUGUUCGUUUGUUUUUUUGUGAUUGGAUCGAUUUUUUUCUCAAUAUACUUUGUAUAUAUUGAGUUCUGAAGAUCUUUUUUUUUUUUUUGUUUUUUUGUUUUUUUUUGUUUUUUGCCUUUUGGGGAAUUAUCUGGUGCAGAGAAAGUGCGUAAUGUGUUGAAAUAUCAUUGUCCAGAUACUUAAUUAUAGGACUUUACAAUUAAUUAAGUGUUUUUAUUACGAUUAAUAUUGCUAAUUUUGUGUUAAAUAAGUCAUUUAUUCUGCAUUUAUUAUAGUUACAU